GUCUGGAGCCGGGCCUGGUGACAGGCAUCCCCCAGGUGGGAGGAGGGGACUGUCCUGGCUCUGACCUGGAUAUCAGAUCCGGAGAUGAGGGAGAGGCGCAGGGUCAGGAGGGAAGGCGUUCUGAGUUUCCCCAGCCAAGGCUGCAGACAAGGGGCGCAGACAAUCGGCACAUUGUGAGCAGGGGCUGCAGGAUGAAGCCAGCAAACUGCCGCGCUGAGCGCCCCAAACCUGGGCCUACAGGGGUGAAGACCAAGCCCACCUGUGGGGGCUGGAGAGCCAUGGGCCUAUCCCUGCUGCUGCUGCUGCUCCUGGCGCUGGCCACUGCGGGGGCUGUGGCUGGAGGGCUUCUUGGCUUCGCUCAGGGCCCUCCCAAGCCAAGGCUGCAGACGCUGCGAAUGACCCUCCCAAGCCCCCACAUGCCCCGGCCCAACCAAACCAUCCUGGUGGACGUGGCCCGGAACGCGGCGACCAUCACGGUGACCCCACCUCAGAGCAACCACAGCUGGGUGGUGCUAUUCGACGGGCAGAGCGGCUGCAUCUGUUACCGCCCUGAGGAGCACCAGGUCUGCUUCCUCCGCCUGAUGGAGGACAGUGAUCGGGAGACCCUGCGGCUGCUGAUGGAUACCUCCAAGGUCCAAGAGGCUCGGGGCCCUGCCCAGGACACCCAAAACACCCAGGAGCUGCUGGCAGUGCAGGGGAGCCACGAGGUGGACCCCGCCCAGGUGGGGGAUUUGGUGCAGCGCCUAUGCACAAGGACCCCCAUCUACUGGGCCCGACGAGCAGAGGGUGAGUCAGGGCUGCUGUAGGGGGAGGCCAGGCCCUCAGGAUGGUUUGAUGAGCUGGGCGCGGAGCCCUUGGGGAUUCACGGCGCCCUCGCCACAGGGCCCCGGAGACAGCGGCUGAUUUAUCUGUGCAUCGACAUCUGCUUCCCAAGCAACAUCUGUGUGUCAGUCUGCUUUUAUUACCUCCCAGACUGAGCCCCGACCUGGCCCAGCCCGGUCCCUGUCCCCAAUCCAGCGGGCUGGCCAGGUCACCCGCAC